CUAAUUCACAAGUAGCCGCUUCAUUUUUUACAAUUCAUACUUACUCAAUUAGGAAGUAGAUUAAUUAUUUUAAAUAACACGUUGGGUUACAAUCAAAAUUUUAAAGGUUAAGCUCAAUCUAUUAUUGCACCAUGAUUAUUUUUCUAGAAAUAAAUAAUUUUGUUAUGUCUUGUAACGCGAGAUAAUUGCAUAAAGUGCGCCUACUCAAUGAUACAAAGCUAAUGGGUUUUUUGAAACAAAAUGUAAACAUCAAUUCAAUGCACUAGUUUUUUUUAUUGAAACUCCAUUCAAAAAACAAUCCCGCAAAGAGACGAGACUAUUUGUUUCCCCAAAAGAAAAAAACGCAGCUACAAUUUCCCAUCACGAAUUUCCCUGAAAAACAAUAUGGCAUUACGAGAAUUUCUCAUUGGCAGUACGGACUGCGUUCCGGUUGGUCGGUAGGCGGCGUUUCGAACAACAUAGCACACCAUUGGCGGACAUGCAGAUCCCCACUUCACGCCAUGGUGGGGGAAAACAUCCCCGUGUUUAUUUUUGUUGUUCAACUUAGUGGAUUAAAAGCUUUCGCCGCGCACACUUGUGAUGACUAACAAAACAACGUCACGUCUAUAGAUCGUAUUGUGUAUAGUGUAGUGAACUUGCGACCGUUGUUUAAGGACUGGAGUUGCUUGCACGUUGACUGUGUUUGACCCUAUUUCGGAAAUGGUGAUCCUCACAAGCCGAGCUGAUAUGUCAGAAGGCCCCACUACUCCGGACUGGGACAUCAACGACGCGGUAGUACCACGAGUAUCAAACUUCGACACGUUCGGCGAGUGGUGCGACGGUCAUGUGCGAAGAGUGUAUCCGCCGGCAUGCGAGGAAGCCAGACGGCACGCCUCAGGCUGGGCAAUGAGAAACACCAACAACCAUAAUGUACAUAUACUUAAGAAGAGCUGUCUUGGAGUACUGAUCUGCUCGGCCAGAUGUAGACUGCCCGACGGAUCAAGGGUGCACUUGCGACCUGCCAUUUGUGAUAAAGCAAGAAAAAAGCAACAAGGCAAGCCUUGUCCAAACCGACUAUGCAACGGCGGCCGAUUAGAAGUUCAACCAUGCCGCGGCCAUUGCGGCUACCCAGUCACACACUUCUGGCGGCACACGGAACACGCGAUAUUCUUCCAAGCGAAAGGGUCUCAUGACCAUCCACGACCUGAAGCCAAAGGUGCCACUGAAGUACGCCGGUCUCUCGGCGCCGGCAGAAGAGUUAGAGGCCUAGCUUUACUCCUAACCAGAGAAUCUUCGAUAGCGGAUAAAAUAUUAAGUGGGAAACCAGAAAAGCAGAUGUCACAUAAAGUCAACCACAGUCAUCCACAACCACCGCCACUCAUCCCAGAUAACCAAAGACUUCAACUAACAUGCACAUGUGGUCCAUUCGAGUGCUCGUGUCGGUGGCGUUCUGAACACUCGACGGAAUCGUAUGCGGCCGCCGCGUGGUCACACAGCGAAACACAGAGUUACGCUGCGUACGCGCCGCCAGUACACACAGCAGCCUCACUCCCUCCACAGCAACACUACGACCCACAAACGCUACCAUCUGAAGACAUUUUCCACCCUGAAGAAAUAUUCCAGCUUGACCAACCCAUCAGACUAGACUUCCCCAUGGAGGAGAGUACGUUAGAAUCACCACCCACGUUCGCAGACCUCAACGGCGAUAACUCGAGACCUGAAGACGCUUACUGGCUCGAAUGGCAACGCGCGGCCGGCAGCGACUCGAGCGAAACGCCUUCCCCUGAAAUAUUUGGAAGUGCGUACCAGCAAUCCGAAGCUUAUUGUGAACAACAAUCAUACAUUCCCCAGGUGUACUAUCCAGACGACUGCCAGUAUUACCCCAUUGAAAGUACUAGAAACUCACCAAUAACCAAUAUGCAUGAACAACGAUUUUACAGAUACGAUCAGGAUUGUACACAAACUAACAUAGAUAUGCAAGCGUGGAAUUAUUCUGAUUGCGCGUUUACCCCCAACGACGUGUCUGAAUGUAAACAGUAUUUCGAUGUCCAACAUCAACAGGCAGUGAACGCCUUUAGUAGUCUUUUAUAAUAUAGUCCCUGUACAUAGUAUAUGUAAUUUGUAAAUAAAGAGUUAUGUUAAGCAUUUAUUUCGAUUUGUUGAUUAAUAUAAUAUUAUCUCAAGUGCUAGACUGUACGUCGAUAGUUUACGUUUGUUCCUAUAUUUUGAUCUUCAUUGGUUUGUGAACAAAAUAAAAUACAAUUUGUAUAAAA